CCUCCCUUCUACACGAAACAGCGCUAUUCUUUCAAUACUACCGAUCACAUCAUCGCUCAGCAUGCUGUCAAGCCAGUAUGCUUCGCGGCACCUCGCGCCCCUGUUGAUGCGCAACGGAACUCGUGCAGCAUUUCAGCGCAGCGCACGUCUUCCUCGUCAUUUGCCUGCCGUCGCCAUCCUCAUCCCACAUCGAGCUGCGUCGACAGAGACAACGAGCGAACAGAACGGUAGUGCACCUCCACCUGGAUUCAACAUCAGCGAGGCCCGAAAGCCUCUGGCCAACAGCUCCGAACAAUCAAAACCCGCCGUCAAGGCUGAUGGCAAGCCUGACCACAAUAUCAGUAUCCCUGUAGCACAACCGACAGAGCAUGCGCCGACUUCAGCAUCCGAGCAGGCCGCGCUCAACGAGAUUGCAGCCCAACAUGCACAAGAGUCGGCUGAGGACAAGAAAGAUCUAGUAAAGAAAGAGGAGAAGAACAAACUCACGCUAUGGCAAAAGGUCAAGCACGAAGCGCAGCACUAUUGGGAUGGAACAAAACUUCUCGCCACAGAGGUUAGGAUCUCCUCUCGUCUUGCUCUGAAGAUGGCCGCUGGGUACGAACUCACUCGACGUGAGCACCGUCAACUACAAAGGACUGUCCAGGACCUCGGCCGCCUGGUCCCCUUCUCGGUCUUCGUCAUCGUACCAUUUGCCGAACUACUUCUGCCGGUUGCUCUGCGACUGUUCCCCAACAUGUUGCCGUCGACAUACGAGAACGCCGCGAGUAAGGAAUCCAAGGCUAUGAGGCUAAGAACCUCCCGCAAAGAAGUUUCUCAACUUUUGCGUUCGACCCUGCGCGAAUCUGGUCUACCUAUUAGCCCAAUCCAUGCGCAGAAAGAGGAGUUCACAGAGUUCUUCCGGAAAUUGCGUGCCACUGGCGAGGAGCCCACCAAAGCCGACGUCAUCAAGGUCUGCAAGCUCUUCAAGGACGAUCUUACCCUCGACAAUCUGUCCCGCCCACAAUUGGUUGGCAUCUGCCGGUAUAUGGCGUUGAACACAUUCGGUACCGAUCCCAUGCUUCGUUACCAGGUCCGUCAUCGUAUGCGACAAAUCAAGCGAGACGAUCGAGCUAUCAGCUUCGAGGGUGUGGAGUCUCUGUCUGUACCUGAGCUUCAGACCGCCUGCGCUGCACGUGGUCUUCGUACACACGGCAUGAGUCCCGGCAGACUGCGGGAUGAUUUGCAGCUGUGGCUUGAUUUGCGUCUCAAGUAUGGAGUCCCCAGCACACUGCUUGUCCUGAGCAAUGCAUUCAUGUACGCUCAAGGCAAGGAAGUCGAGUUUGACAGCCAAUUGUCUGCAUUGCAGGCCGUGUUGAGCUCGAUUCCCGAGGAGCUCUUCCACGAGAUUGAGUUGGAGGUGCACAACGCUGAGGGUGCAGUCACGAACAAGCAGCGUCUGCAGGUCCUGAAGGAGCAGCAAGAGCUCAUCCAAGAAGAAAAUGAACAAGCAGAGGAGCAGAAAGCCAGUGGCGGCACGGUGACAAGUGUGAGCGACAAGGAAGACAUUGACGAGAAGGAAGAGGAGGCGAGGCAAGAGUCUGCUCUUAGCAAGGCGGCUGCGCAGGAUAUCCUCGAAAGCGAAGGAGACCUUGCACAGCAGCAGAAGCUGCAAGCCAAGCAGGCAGACGAGGAAAAGAAAUGAACUUGAUGGUCACAGGUUGGACCAGUCCUAUAGAAUUCUCCCCUUUCCCAUUCCUCUGUAUUCUUUUUCGUGUCCUGUAUUGACACUGUCAUUAUUAAAAAUUCAAAAAAGCAAUCAUGACCGUUGGGCGUUUUGGUCGAGGGGAAUCUUUGAAGUCUUGGAACCCAGGAAGCGGGCGAUUGCGAUAGAUUAGUCUUGG